AACCCAACCUAACCCACAAGCCACACAACCCAAGCACAAAACACAUCACCGCAUCUUUUUCCUUCCGAGCUGUACGUAUCUGCAGAGAGAGAGAGAGAGAGAGAGAGAGAGAGAGAAAGAUUAGGUCAGAGACCAUGAAGCACCCGAGGCCGACGGAGCAGGAUGUGUCGCUGGCGCUGUCGCUGAGCACGGACUCGUCCACGACGACGUCCGACUCGGCGGGGACGCCACCGGCGAAGCGGGCGCGGGCGCGGGCGCGGCGGCGGGGCGCCGUGGUGGCCACGUCGGGGGAGGGCGAGUUCGUCUGCAGGACCUGCAGCCGCGCCUUCCCCUCGUUCCAGGCGCUGGGCGGCCACCGCACCAGCCACCUGCGCGCGGGCCGCCACGGCCUCGACCUCGGCGUCGUCGGCGCCCGGGCGCUCAAGCAGCACAAGCAGCAGGCCGCCAACGCCAACGCCAACGGCUGCGAAGGAGGCAAGCAGCGGCACGAGUGCAACGUCUGCGGGCUCGGCUUCGAGAUGGGCCAGGCGCUGGGCGGCCACAUGCGGAGGCACCGCGAGGAGGAGAUGGGCGCCGCCGACGCCUGGGUCACCCUCUGGCGCACCGAGGCGUCGCGCGCCGCCGACCCGCCCGUCUUGCUCGAGCUCUUCGCUUAGAUCGAUCCGGCCGGCAUAGGGUCGGGCUAAUCCCUCCUUGUUAUUUGGGGGGAGGCUAACUCGUCAUCUAGACAUCUAGUAGCGUCGGUAGUUUAAUCCAGGACAUGUAAAUCGUAUUGGUUCGUUCGUUGCCUUUUUUUUGUAAUUACGCUAGUAUAGUACUAGCUUCUGCUGUGUUUAGCGGUUCGGUCAUGGGGCCGGUUGGAUUCCGAUACGAAUGUCAGAGAACUGAUUUCAUUCAUACUAUAUUGCUGGAACAUAUAACAGGAUCGAUGAUUCCUUGGUUCC